AUGGGUAAGAAAUUCUAUCAUGCGAGUCAUUUCAAACAUACAUUGAAGAAAAGAUCUUAUAACAGGUACAAACGGCUGGAACCGCUGAUAAAGGACGAUUCUCUCAGGAUCCAGUCACAUUUGAAACCUGCAGACCCUACAUUGUUUAAAUACUGGAGGUUUAGGAGGAAUUUGUUCUCGAAGAUCGACAGUAAUGGUAUCUACAUGACUCACGAGCUUUGGUUUAGUGUCACCCCUGAAUCUAUUGCCUCUUUCUUCGCUAAUUUUGUUAGAGCAUGUAUUCCUGAUGCCCAGGUGAUAUUGGAUGUAUUCUGCGGUGGUGGCGGUAAUACUAUUCAAUUUGCAAAGCAAUUUCCAAAAGUUUUUGGGGUGGAUUUUUCAUUGGAACAUCUUUAUUGUACAGCUCAGAAUGCUAAAGUAUAUGAAGUAGACGAUAGAAUUUGGUUGAAGUAUGGCCGUUGGGAAAAAAUAUGUGCUCAGGAAUACUUUCAGGAUAUUAAUGUGGAUUGUAUAUUUGCAUCACCACCUUGGGGUGGUCCAAACUAUUUGAAAAAAGAUGUGUAUGAUUUAGAAACAAAUUUACAACCUAUGGGUAUUACAAAAUUAUUGAAGAGUAUGCUUAAAAUCUCAAAGAAUAUAAUUUUAUUCUUACCCAGAAAUUCAGAUUUAAAUCAAUUGUCUAGUGUCACAAGGAAAUUACUCGGAGAUAAAGCUAAAUGCAAAGUACUAUAUGUUAAAGAAAAUGGGCAUUUGAAAGGAGUUGUAGCAAUAUGGGGUGAUGCUUUGGUCAAUUAUGAAAAUGGAUCUACUAAUAAUACAGAAAAUAAUAAAUCUACAGAUGAUCAAGAUGAAACAGAUCAGAAGGAUAUAAUACCUGCAUCCUUCUACGAUAUGGACGCAUAA